AUGAGACUCCAAGCCCUGCAACCGCCAACAUGGCCAGUGCAUCUCUGUGCGGUCCUCGGUUUGUUUGUGCACAGGUCGGCCGCUGGCAUGAACUUUACCGGCAAAACUCUCACAGACGUAUUUUGGCAGCUUGAAUAUGUAAACACACCACCAAACGGCAACCCGUUACUGGGCGGACAAAACUUCACGACAUGUUGCCUGAAGGCCAUCAACGAAGCCAUUGAGAUCGGGCCCAACGGCGGACUACAAUUUGUCAGUCAGUUUGAAAACUGGAUCGUCUUCGACGAGGGCGACGAGCAGCCCUUGGACUUGCUGGUCAAUUAUUCGCUGCGCGGUCAGUUUCCCUGCACGGCCGUCUACAAUGGCGAUGCGCGUGGUGCACCCGUUGUCCAAGUCAACUACACCUGGCUCGCGGACACCUGUCCGGGCUGGGAAAUUAGCAGUAAGGACAACUUGAAUGCCUGGCUGCAACCGCUGUCGGGCUUUCUCGUCCCCGCGGUCAUCUUUUGCCUGUCCGUCCCUCGCCGCCGCAAGCUGGAAGUGCCGCGCUUCCUCUUCUCGCCCGACCAGGGCGGCAUCAAGAGCUACCUCCUCGCCCCCUUAGGCGCCACUCUCGCGUUGGUCAUGGUCUCACUCGACACGCUGGUUUGGCUGUGUAUCUGUUUCGGUUUUGCCGGGCCCAUGAUUCUGAGCGGAUUGUACGAAGCCAUGCUCGACAACUCCGUGCUCGAGUACCUGCGGUUGAAAGUUGACGAAAGCCGCCUCACCCUCGACAUGCGGUGCCGCUGCCUCAUGGUGAUCCUCAUCGGCAACCUCGACCUUGUCUGGAACACAGAGGACCCGGACGGAAAUGGGGGCUAUGUCGACGGCGGGACCCAUGGUGGCAGCUACAUUAGCGAUGCCGCAGAUGAUGGCGACGCGGAGGACGAGCACCUCCACUAUACUGGGCGCGGGAGUGCGGUUGGCAGUUUUGACGACCGUCCUCCACGUGGAAACUCGGCCGAGAUACCGUUGAUGCCUCUCCGUGGAAGCGGUGCCUACCAAUCCAUCCCAAGCGGCGAACAAUCAUCACCGUCACCUGCCGGCGCACCACUCUACGGCCGGUACGACCAACCUGGGGUGCCCGUUCCAAAUGCGCCGUAUGCUCCGUACUCUUCUUCUUACCCGUAUCCACCAUACGCGUCUGGUCCAUCCGGCACCAAUGGCUCUCCAUCUCCCUCUCGUGCCUCCCUGUCACCACGCGGUCCGGCCCCAGCACUUCCAGCUUCUUCGAAUGCAGCCGCAGUUGCCAUUGCUCCGAUGCCGUCCGCGGUCCAGCAGUUCAACCCCAUAGAAAGUGCCGCUUCCCACGGCUCCGCUCUCCCUACUGGUCAGGGUAUUUGGCAACCACCAAACAAUAGUGGCAGCCAAAGUCGUCUUGAUGCCAAUGGAGCUGACCAAAAUACGGCCAUUGGUGCGGUACAAGUCGUUGUACCACCGCCUCCGCCCCCAAUUUCGCGCACAGCGGAGAACGAAGACGUAUUACUUGCUGACGAGAGCCACGGGGGCUCUAUUAUUCCUGGUCUUUUCAUCUCACCAGCGUCGGCCGGCCCCGACCCCAGGCCCGUGCCAGACUUUUCGGGCCAACAGCAAUAUCAGCAUCAACAGCCGCAGCACCAAUCGUACAUGGGUGCUGUACCUGGCUUUCCUCCAGAUCAUGCCGAUCCAAACCAGCCUGUGGCCUAUGGCGUUCCUUCUGGUGCAGCGUCCCCUGGUGCCCCAUCAACACCAGUCCAGCAUCUCUCUGCACCGGCACAUGGCACCGUCGGCACGCCGUUUGCCAGCUCGGGCUUUGUUGCCGCCGGUGUGGUUGCGGCAGGCGUCGGUGUCGGUGUCAGUCACGAUGCCAACCGCCGGCUGCUCGUGAAUCACCAAAAUGGCGGUCCUCUCGCGUCACCAUGGCAGCACAUGGAGGAAUUCCUGUACUCUCUUCGCAUAUACAACGACGACUUCCCGACGCGCCAGCACUCACCGCGCCAGUAUGCCAAGCACAGUGACUGUCCAGACGGCAUCAACUGCCACAACGAUCUGCACAACGAGCCGCCAAUUCCCCGCACGCCCGAAACGGAGCGGCUGAUCCACCAAGUGAAAACACGGCUCAAGACCAUGUUGCACUGUCAAUACUCGUUUGGAUCGGUGAUAGGUGCACCGGUCGUCUUCUUCCUUGGCGGCUUUAUUUUUGCCCUGCUCCAGAGCUUAGAUGCGCUGGGAGAUGAGGACAUUGCCGAGGGACUGGCCUUUGGCCAAUGGUACAUGACGAUCCCGCACAUUGCCAUUAUCUCAGGUCUGUUGUUGGCGGGCAACAACCCUAAUAUUCUGGAAGGCGUCCUGGCUGUUGAGCGCAAGUACCGCCAGGACAACAUCACCAUUUUUGGUCUAACGUACGGACUGGCCUACCCGUCAUGCUACAAGGUCGCUUCGCUGUGGGACCGCGGCUAUAACAAGAAGCAGUGGCUCAACACGCUCAUUGCUACCUACCUUGUGCGCUCCAAUGCCGUCUACAGUGGCAACGAAGACUAUGACAAGGACAUUGUUGAUCUGAAAAAGAAGACUACCCUCUCCCUGUCGGAUUGGUCGUUCCUCCUGGCCCUAACAUUAAUGUUGCUGGGACUUCCCUACAUCCUCGCCUUCCUCACGGCCUACUUUACACCCGAAAUCGAAAUCAUCCUCUGGCUAUGGGCGUAUGCCGGACCCCUUUCUGUCUUCAACGUCGACAAGCCGGGCUUCUUUUCCAUUGGUGGCUGGCUGGACAAACGUGGUUUCUAUGAGCCCUAUUCGGUGCGUUGGCUGGUGGACCGCGGCCAGGUGGUGCCUCGGAACCCAUUCAAGCUGCUGCGUCUCGUGUGGAACGAUCCGGGCCGGCUCGUCAACUGGCGCUUUAUUUGGAACUCUGUCUAUUACACCAGCCAGUGGCUUUUGGGCUUUAUUGGCAUCACGGCAGCAAUCGGUGGCACCGCCAUGCAGCUUAUGGGCGUCUACUCGGCCGACAUUUGCUACGUCACGACGGCCUACUGGUUCGCGCCGCUCGAGGAGAGGCCAGCACCCAUCAUUUCCGUCAAUUCGGCCCUUAUGAUCCGGGAGUCUGAGCUCAUGUGGAAGCCAUGUGCCAUCACGGCCAUUGUUUUCAUGAGCGUCGUCAGUUUCGUCGGAUGGUGGUACCAGCGCCGGAUGCGUGACCUUUUCCAAGACCAGGUCCGCAGGAUCGACCAGAACGAGCGUCGCGAUACCCGCGCGUCCCGUCCCGACCGUGGCCGCGUUCGACCGCGUGUCACGUCCGGUGCGCCCCUGACAAUCCGAACAUUGACGCCGUCGAUCCCCUCGGCUAUGCCAGCCAGUGUACCCCGAGACAUGGCCGGUGCAUCGGCCGUGACGACCGGCUACGGCGGUUACGGCCGUUCGUACGGAUCACUCCGCGCCCAGAAUAGUGUGGCCUUGAUGUCUGGUGCCCAGCCACCCCCCACCUCAGCGGUAAUGGCAGGAGCGUCAUCGUCGAUAUCAUCUACACAGGGCGGUGGAGUCCGGCCCAUAUCGACGGCAACAGGAUCCGGGACAGGAAGCAUGGGCGGACGAACACCGUCUCCAGUUGGGCCCGGCAGUAUUGGGAACGUGCCGGACGGUGGCAGUAAUCAGUCCACGGCCACCCCAUCUGCCACACAUUCCUUCUCUGGUCCCUCUGGGGCAUCUGGCCCAAAUAACAGUCUUGAUGCUGCAGCGGCCGGUCCUUCACGGAGGACUCCCUACCGGAGAACACCCUCACCAAACGAGCCUCUGGCAGAGGCGGACGAGCCUCCUAUUUAA